CCCCGAAGUCAGGGUGCAGCGGGCAUGACCCCUUUAUUAUCAUUAUUAUAAUUAUUAUGCAAAACCACAAUCAUGUUUUGAUGAGUCUGGAGAUGGAGUUCAAACGAAUGGACCGUAUGUUUGCUAGCGGUGAAGCACGUGUCUUUGGAAGAGACACUGAACGAAUCUUCCGGGAACUCGAUGUCAUUCGUCGCAAACAAAUUGACCUGGCUCGUGAUCACAUUGCUCUGGAGAAUAUUACUGACUUGCCUCAAAAACAGAGCACCCUCCAACAAUUUAGCGAAAAUAAUGAGAUCGAACACGGCUACCAGCAAAACUUGGAAAAUUUCCAUAAAAAAGAAGUCGGUUUAAAAAACCUCAUGCUCAAGCUUGACGAUCUAGGAGCAUCCAUGAACCGGUUUCGUGAACUGUCGGAUCCUGAGAUGCAUUACUACAACAACCAUGGAUAUGACAGUCAGCACAGAGCAAACGCAGCACAAUUUGAAUUUAUGGGAUUUGACGAUGUGGAAUCACCUUUGUCGACGCCUCGACAAGAGCAUCAUCCUGCGGAACCGCUGAGCAUUGACGCAUUUGCCCAAAGCGACUCACAGUCUUCAUCACGGUCAAAUAUUGUCAUGGAGGACUAGUAAUGCUUGUUUAUUAUACCAUUAUCAAUAAUAAAAGUCAGACAGCAGGGAAUAUGUAUGUA